UAUUAAGGUUGGUUUGUAUGACGUGUUUAAAGAAUGGUAAUAGACGAUUUGUUAACAUUAUCAAGGGAGUUCCCUUAAUUUUUGUGUGAUGAAAUUAGUCCGUGAAUUUUCACAAACUAAAAGUUGCUAAAAAGUGUAAAAGAUAAAACAUUGCUAAUUUUAUUCAAAAAUUAUAAAUUUUAUUAUCUUUGAUCUUUUUAUUGUUAAGAACUAUGGAGACUCAUAUAGAGGAUUUUAUACCAAGAGCUUAUCAAGUUGAACUAUAUGAAAUUGCAUGUAAAGAAAAUAUUAUAGUUUACCUACCAACAGGAUCUGGAAAAACAUAUAUUGCUGUUAUGCUUAUAAAAAAAUUAAGUGCAGAUAUACAAAAGUCUUAUGAUGAAGGUCGUAAACAUACUGUAUUUAUAGUGAAUACAUUACCCUUAGUCAUACAACAAAGAGAUUAUAUUAGAAGGUUAACUGGUUUUUCCUGUGGAGCAUUUAGUAGUGAAGAAGGAGUUGAUUUUUGGCAUACUAAAGAUUGGAAUGCACAAUUAAAACAGCAUAAUGUCUUGGUAAUGACAUCACAAAUCUUAGUCAAUGCACUUUGUCAUGGAUAUAUGAGUUUAAAUAGAAUAAAUUUGAUUAUUUUUGAUGAAUGUCAUAGAGCAGUAAAUGAUCAUCCUAUGCGACAAAUUAUGCAAUUUUUUCAAAAUUGUUCCAAGAGAGAACAACCAAAAGUAUUAGGACUCUCAGCAACACUGUUAAAUGCUAAUGUAAAGAUGGAAAAAAUAAAGUCAGUUGUUCAGUCUUUAGAAGUAACGUUUAAUGCAAAAAUAACUACUGCAAUUAUAACACACAAAGAGUAUUAUACAUCACCAAAUGAAGAAAUAGUUAUAUUUAACAGAUAUAUUGUGGAUAAUGUUGGAAAGUCCAUAAAUAAUAUCAUUCAGGAUGUAAAAAAUAUUCUAAAUUAUGUUAUUUUAAAAGAUGUUUGGAAAUACUAUGAAUCAAGCAAAGAAUUUAGACCAAAAACUAUCAGUCAAAAGUUGCAGAAUGUAUUAAUGGACAUACAAUAUCAGCUUUCAAGUACAGGAAUUUAUGGUGCAAGUAAAUGUAUUUUACUUUACUUAAUCCAAUUAGAAUGUUUAAAAAAAGCUACAGAUGAUGCAGAAGCUAUAUAUAUUUUAGAAUAUAUUAUAUCAAAAAUAUCUACUUGUAGAAAAUUAUUAGAAGAUGAAAUGAAAGAAAAAGAAGAAAAAGAAAGGAUUUAUAAAUAUUCAUCUGACCAAGUUCGACAACUUUUUAAAAUACUAAAAGACUUUUAUAAAAACAAAACUGAUGAUCAAAUAUUUUUCUGUAUUAUUUUCGUAAAACGCCGAUUCACCGCAAAAAUAUUGUAUCAAAUAUUAAAGAAUAUAUCUAUGCAUGAUGAAGAAUAUAAAUUUUUACAUCCAGAUUUUCUGAUGGGUGUCUCAGUUAAUCCUUAUAAAAAUUCUAAAGAACUAUUAUGUAUAUCAAAACGGAAUAAGGAAGUUUUGCUCAGAUUUAGAAAUGGCUUGUUAAAUUGUCUUGUUGCAACAGAUAUUAUAGAUGAAGGUAUAGAUGUACCAAAAUGUUCUUUAGUUGUAAGAUAUGAUUUUCCACUUGAUGUGAGAACAUAUAUUCAAAGUAAAGGAAGAGCACGACAUGUAUGUAGUCAUUAUAAAAUUUUGGUACAAAAAGAUGAAUCACAGUAUUUACAACGAUAUAAUGAAUUUCAAAUGACAGAAAAAUACUUAAAAAAGUAUUUGGAGGAAAAAAGUUAUGAACGUCGUAAUUUACCAACUGAAGAUGAAAUAAAAAAUGAAUUAUAUCAAUACACCAUAGAACCAUAUAUAAUAACUGGUAAUGAUGGACAAAUGUGUUGUAUAACAGAACAGAUGGCAAUUAAUGUAAUAAAUGAAUAUUGUACAUCCUUAAUGAAAUCAAAAUUUACCUGUUUAUCACCCACUUGGAUUUUACAUAGAAUUUCAGAAAAUUCAAAUAAUACUAAAGUUAAUAAAUAUCAGGUUUCCCUUAAAUUACCAUUACCAUCUCCGUUAAGAACUGUCAUUUUUAGUGAUUCUAUGCCUUCUGUCUCUGGUGCAAAGAGAUCUGCUGCUAUGAAAAUGUGUAAAGAAUUACAUAAAAUAGGAGAAUUAACUGAUAAGUUGCAGCCAGUUACAGCAGAAUCACUUCAGAAAGAUCUAAGUUAUUUAUUUCCAAAUUGGAAUGAUGAAAAUGAAUCAGAAAAAGAUUUAAUAGGAACAUACAAGAGAAAACGGCAUUAUCAGCUACAAUUUCCAUCAGCUCUGUAUGGUGUAUUUCCUCGUCCACAAAAACAAGUAUACCUACAUAUUCUUCAUGCUACACCUAAGUUUUCUGCGCCACACCAUGAUAAUCGACAUUUGAUAUUUUAUAAUUUAUUACAUAAUAAUGCAGGUUUUGGUAUACUUUCUACAAAACAAAUACUAGAGAUACCAUCUUUUCCGAUUUUUAUGAAUCUUGGUGAAUUAAAUAUUGAUGUUAAAGUAAAUCAUACAACGAUGUUUUUAUCUGGAAAUGAAAUUAGUUUAUUAAAAAGUUUUCAUACUUUGAUAUUUGAUGAAAUUGUACAAGUUAUAAAAUUGUUUAUGGUAUUUGAUAAUUACAAUCUUGAUAAUUGUUUUUUAAUUGUACCAGUCGAUGAAAACUGGGACAUAAAUUGGAAAGUUAUAAACGGGCAUAAAUCUAUUGAACAUAUAUCACCACCAGUUCCAUUUCAUUUUAAAACCACUGAUUAUGAAUUAGCAUUGAUUAAACCCAAUUAUAGAGCUGCAGAAACAUACAUUGUUACUCAAGUGUGUCAUGAUAUUACACCAAAUUCAUGUUUUCCAACUGAUAAUUUUUCAUCAUAUGCUCAUUAUUAUAAAGAAAAACAUGGUUUGGUAAUAAGUGAUUUAAGACAACCAAUGUUAGAAGUAAAGUCAAUAUCGAGGACAAUAGAUUAUAUAAUACCUAGACAUAUGCAUAGUGAAUCAAAAAAUCGCAGAUAUGUGGACUCACCAAAAAAUUUGAAAGAGCAUUUAGUUCCAGAAUUAUGUACUAAAAUUAACUUUCCAGCUUUAUAUUGGCUUAAAGCAACAACUUUACCAUCUAUUUUACAUAGAAUUUCGCAGCUUUUAAUUGCAGAAGAUUUGAGAUGUCUUAUUGUUAAAGAAACUAGCUUAGGAUUAUUAUCAAAUAAUAAAUGGCCUCCAUUAGAGAUAACUGAGGAAGAAGGAGAAGAUUCAUUUGAACCUUUAUUGGAAACUUCUACUAUGGAAAAGGAUAAUUUUCAAUCAGAACCAGUUUUAAAUGGACCAGAAAUAGAUGUAUUAAAUACAGAAUCAUAUCAUUACCCAUGGUCAAGAUAUCAAGAACCACCAGAUUUAGACAGAAAUAUUGAAGAAAUUCAGCUAAUUCAAAUCGAACAUUAUUGUCAACUUAUGAAUGAAAAACAGGAUAAAAAUAAUAUGAUAAUAGCCAAUGAGAACAUUAAUUUUUUAAUUAAACCAUCAGUAUCAGUACCGCCUUUGCAAAUUUUGUUACUAAAAAAUUCGCGUGGUCCGGAUCCUGUUCAGAUUAUGUAUGCAUUAACUACCAAAUUAGGACAUGAUGCAUUUAAUUUAGAACGUUUAGAAACUUUGGGAGAUUCGUAUUUGAAAUUUAUUAUAUCAUUAUUUUUAUACAAUAAUUUUCCAAAAUAUACUGAAGGUCAUUUAACCGCAUUAAAGGGAAAAAUUAUUGGCAAUCGUAAUCUUUAUUAUUGUGGAGUUAAGAAACAUAUUCCGGGACGUAUGAAAGUUGAUGGUUUUGUAGUCUCAAGCAAUUUCAUUGCUCCAGCUUAUACAGUACAUAGGCAAAUUCAAAAUGUGUUAAUAGAUGCAGAGGUAUCACCAAAUGUUUUAUAUGAAAUUCAAAUACCUAAAGAUGAACAGUUUAGUGGACAGAUCAGUGAAACCACAAUGAAUGUAAUGCAAACAAAGAUACUAAAUUGGGAAACAGCAGAAUCACAAACUGGUAUGGAGCAUUAUCUUGGACUACAAACUGUUUCUGAUAAAGCAAUAGCUGAUUGUGUAGAAGCAUUGAUCGGUGUAUAUCUUAGAAGUAUGGGUAUUAAAGAUACUUUAACAUUAUUACAAUGGUUUCAAAUUUUGCCAAGUGAAAUUGAUGUUGAUGCAUUGUUAUUUGGUACUCCUCAGAAUCCAAUAAUUUGUGAAGGAAACAUAAACAGUUUUAUGCCCUGGGCUUCCAAGAUAGAAUCUCAGCUUGGAUAUAAAUUUAAUAAUAAAGGAUAUUUAUUGCAGGCUUUUACACAUCCCUCAUAUACACCGAAUAAUAUGACUGAAUGUUAUCAAAGAUUAGAAUUUCUUGGUGAUGCAAUACUUGAUUUCCUAAUUACAAACUAUAUUUAUGAAAAUUGUGGGAAUUUAAAUCCUGGUGCAUUAACAGAUCUGAGAUCUGCUCUUGUUAAUAAUAUUAUUUUUGCUUGCUUGACUGUACGACAUGGUUUACAUGUUGCUUUACUAUCUUAUACUCCAGAAUUAAACAAUACUAUAGAACGAUUUGUAAAAUUUCAAGAAGACAGAAAUUUCGCUGUGAAUGACGAGCUUCUAUGGAUUUUAUUAGAAGAAGACGAAUGUAACAUGGCUGAACAUGUAGAAGUUCCUAAAGUUUUAGGAGAUAUAUUUGAGUCCACAAUAGGUGCAAUAUAUUUGGAUAGUAAUAAAGAUCUUACAACAGUAUGGAAUAUAAUAUAUUCCAUUAUGCAUAAAGAAAUCGAUGAAUUCAGUAAAAAUAUUCCAAAACAACCAAUUCGUGUAUUAUAUGAAACUCAAGGCGCAAAUCCACUAUUCCUAAAAUCAAGUGUUGUUGAUAAUACGAAUAUUAUCAUGGUACCUUUAAAAGUAACUAUUGCUGGGAAAGUAAAACAUUUUCAUGGAUUUGGUGCAAAUAAAAAACAAGCAAAGUGUGCUGCUGCAAAACAAGCUUUAAAAAACUUGUUAUGUAAAAAAUAGAAAAUCAUUAUUAUAUGUACUGAAAAUUAUAUUUACAAAUUAUUAUAUAUUUAAAAUAU